ACAUACCUAAUCUGAGGAGCAAUCAAAAUCACUUGCUUUUUGAUUCCUAAGAAGCGCAUAUACAAAAAGGAAAGAGCAGUGGAUUAUCAACUAAGCAUCUCUCAUGUCCACCGUAUCUAUUUAAUCACUCAUUAUUUUUCUUUGACUACAAUCAAUGAAUAAAAACAUCCCAUUUGUUUUAGUGCUUAUAUUUUUCAUGUACCAAAUUAUUUUCUUCAUAUAUGUGUCACCCUCUCAAUGUUUCCCACUUUCUUCUUAAUAUGUUCCAAAUUCCCAUUAUUAUUCAUUACUUUUCCAUCUCCAUAUGGCUGAAAAUAAUUCUCAUUCUCACUCUCAAUCUCCCAUACCAUGUGACAACAAGCACCAUGAUCAUGAACAAGUAGCUGGUUUUGAUUGGAUGGUUCUUGUAGCAGCCAUUUUAUGUGCCAUUGUUUGUGCUCUUGGUCUUAACACAAUGUUACAAUGUGCUUUUCAAUGUCUUGGUCGUGUAGUUACUGAGCCUAUGCAAUGGAUUGCUUCUAGGAGGUUGAAUUCCGGAAUCAAGAAAAAAGAAAUGGUGGCUUUACCAACUUCAACAUUUAGUACUCAUGACUCAGGUUCUCCAUCUUCAACUUCUAGUUGUGUAAUUUGUUUAGCUGAGUUCUGUAAUGGAGACCAGAUAAGGUUCCUACCAAAAUGCAAUCAUCAUUUCCAUGUGGUUUGUAUUGAUAAGUGGUUGUUAUCUCAUUCUUCUUGUCCUACUUGCAGGCAUCUUACUCAAGUCUAGUAAUUAUAUUAUCAUAUAUAGCUUAGAAAUUAAUAUUAUGAGUAUAUAUAUAGAGAGCUAGCUAGUUAUUAAUUUUAUGUAGAUUAAUCUCCAGGCCUUGUCUGUAAGAUUAAUACAAGACAAGAUUUGAGUUAAUAUAUAUGAAUUUCCUUCUUUUUUGAGCUA